UCGAUUAUUCUACUGUGGAGGCCAUGUUGUGCAGUCGUAGCUGGGUUAGGGAAGCCUGGCUAAGAGAAUCAGAGGCUGCUGCUGCUGUGGAGGCAAUGGAUGGACUGUUUACUGGGCUGUCAGUUCACGAUUCAAGUGUAGAAGAUCAGGAAAAUGGGGUCCAGGAACUUCUGAAUCUGGAUUCACCAUUCUCCUUUGAUGACUGAUUAUUGGAACCUCAGAAGAGAAGGGGAUGAAUGUCAAUUUGUCAUGACUCAUGUGCUGCUUGACUGCUUCUGUUCUUCAAAUCUGGUUGCUGCCUUGCUGGUGCCUUUGAGAGUUUGGCUUACUGCCUUUGAGACUUGAGAGUUUGAGUGUGCUUUAUUUGCUACUUUUAGAGUUGAGAGUUUGAGUUUGAGUUUGAGACUUGAGAGU